UAUCAGCAUGACUGUCGGCUCGUCGUCAUUUCGGCUGAAGAAGCUUCUGCAUUGAAUCUGGAAAGCCUUCGUAUUCGUGACCCCUUCAUCAUUACUAAGUGCGUCAUUCAGCCGCUGUCUGCGUCAUUUUGUUUCGGCUCACCGCUCGUUGAUGGCCUCAUGCUUGAAAAAGCAGGUGUUUUUGUGGAUGACUCUGCUGUACCUCGUAUCAGUAUCUGUUCAGCGUGCCAUGUCUCCCUGUCGAAACUUAGCUGCAUCCCACGUUUCGCACUGGCUAAUAAUCUCUACCGUGGUGAACUGCCAUCCCGUUUUCAUGGAUUAACCUGGGUGGAGGAGAAGAUUUGUGCUAUCUAUUGUGUCACCGCACACGUCGCACGAUUGUUCCAGUCUUCGGAUCCAUCUCAACCCAGAGUGUUUCAUGGCAAUACAUGCGCCCAUGAUAUGAAUGUUGUUUCCACUGCGUUGGUCCUUCCUCGUACGCCUGCGGAUGUUAAUGGUCUGUUAAGUGUCAUAUUUGUAGGACCUGGCAAAUUUGACCCUGCUAAAGCGGGCACGGUGUUCCGCGUUCGCAAGCACAUGAUUUGGCAAUUCCUUUUGUGGCUCAAGCAUCACAACAGGUUGUAUUCCAUCGUAACACUCGACUUAGAUGCCUUAUCUUUGUAUCCUGAAGAUGAUGUUCUUCCUGGCUUGUCUGACCGUGUGGUUGAGGAUCACAAACUCGACCCGAACACCGUAUUUCAGCAGGAAACAGCUGGGUUUUCAGUCCAUCCUGCGAAUCUUUUGUAUCACAGUGACGAAAGAAUGGGUGUCUCAGAUCCUGAGAGUGAUAAGAUUAGCGGGCGCACUUUUACUGCCGCGGCCCUCAGGAACUUGUACUCGCACUCUGGCUCGCAGCCUGACCUCAUCAUUCAUCGCGGGUCUCAAGCAAUCAAUGAAUACAAUAAUCCCAGUCUUCUCCUAGGAAUGUACCCCACCCUUUUUCCUUGUGGUAUUGGAGGCUUCGAGGAUGAACUGAGGUUCACCGCACUGUCCUUCCAGCAGCAGGCACAGUAUUAUUUGAAUUUGGCAGAUCGAUC